GGGUCGGAAAACCCAUUAUGCCCCUCCCGAGCCAUAGGGACAUCAUCGCCCAUGUAAGAGGCGCCACCUGGGUCCACUUUGGUUCAGCUUCGAUCCAGAGUCCCCCCCCACGCCCGCCCACCCCCCCACUCGCUGAACACAAAUUGGCGAAAACCCCAAAACCCCUACUUCUCUCUUUAGGAGGGGUCCUCUAGUGUUGAUCAUCCAAGGCGAAGCAGGGAUCGAGGAAGAUGGGAACCCUAGGCAAAGCCAUUUACACCGUUGGAUUCUGGAUUCGCGAGACUGGUCAGGCCAUUGAUCGCCUCGGCUCCCGCCUCCAAGGCAACUACUACUUCCAAGAGCAGUUGUCCAGGCAUCGAACUCUCAUGAAUAUAUUUGAUAAAGCUCCUGUGGUUGAUAAGGAUGCAUUUGUAGCACCAAGCGCCUCUGUCAUUGGUGAUGUUCAAGUGGGACAGAAGUCAUCUAUUUGGUAUGGGUGUGUUUUAAGAGGUGACGUCAAUAGCAUCAGUGUUGGAUCUGGAACUAAUAUACAGGACAACUCCCUUGUGCAUGUUGCAAAAUCCAAUCUAAGUGGGAAAGUGUUGCCAACUUUGAUUGGAGACAAUGUUACUGUAGGUCAUAGUGCUGUCUUACAUGGCUGUACUGUAGAAGAUGAGGCUUUUGUUGGUAUGGGAGCUACACUGCUUGAUGGGGUGGUUGUUGAAAAACAUGCCAUGGUUGCUGCAGGAGCCCUUGUGAGACAGAACACAAGGAUCCCGUCUGGGGAGAUAUGGGGAGGUAAUCCAGCAAAGUUCCUGAGGAAGCUCACUGAUGAAGAGAGAGCAUUUAUCUCCCAGUCAGCCACCAACUAUUCCAACCUUGCACAAGUCCAUGCAGCUGAGAAUGCAAAGUCCUUUGAUGAGAUUGAGUUUGAGAAAGUACUUCGCAAGAAGUUUGCUCGUAAAGAUGAGGAGUAUGACUCGAUGCUGGGUGUCGUUCGCGAGACCCCUCCUGAACUUAUUCUUCCAGAUAACAUCCUACCAGAUAAAGACCAAAAGGGUUCUCAAAAAUAAAAUUUUUCACUAGGUGGUUCCUUUUUGCCGCUCCCCCUCCCCCCCUUUUCUCUGACUGAGAUUUGAUGUCAAGGAGUAUCUGUCAUUACAUGCAAAUUUACGGAAUAAUGUUCUUUCCCAAUGAUGCCAGACUUGUUUUUUUUGUUAGAUAGGAAUGUUGUAUGUUGUUUCCAGCGUCCGGCUCCAUUACUCCCUGGUUUUUCAGAGACCCUUGCAUGGAGGAGGAAAUAAUGGGUAAAGCAAUAUGUAUGCUUGAUGCUCAUCUUUGUUGUAUGUGAGAUACAUUCUUAUCUGAUGACCCUAUUGUUUCAAUUGUUAAAUAUCAAGCCAUUUUGGGUGCCA